AUGGCUGCCAUUGCUCGAGAUGGGAACAAUCAAAUGUUUCCUUUGGCAAUAGCAGUGGUAGAGAGUGAGUGCAAAGAAAGCUGGGGUUGGUUUCUGAAUUUGCUGGUUUCUGCAUUUGGGAACAAUGAUAUAACAACGUGCACCUUCAUAUCCGACAGACAAAAAGGACUUGUUGAAAGCUUCAAUACAAUUUUGCCACACACUGAACAUAGGUUUUGUGUGAGGCAUUUGUAUGCUAACUUCAAACUAAGGUUCAAAGAUAAAAUUUUGAAAGAUCUGAUGUGGAGUGCAGCUAGAGCUUACUUGGAGAAUGGAUACAAUGAAAAAAUGGAUGAAAUCAAGGCAAUUUCAAAGGAAGCAUAUGAAUGGCUGAAAAACAUAUCUCCUCAGCUAUGGUGCAAGCAUAUGAUGUCAGGUAGAUCUAAAUGUGAUUUGUUAUGCAAUAACUUAUGUGAGUCAUUUAACAAUUACAUUAAAGAGGCUAGAGACAUGCCAAUUUUAACAAUGUUGGAGGCUUUGAGAAGACAAUUUAUGUGUAGAAUCCAUACUAAGAGGUUGUUGGUUGAGAAGUGUAGUGGGAAAUUAUGUCCAAGAAUUCAAGAUAAAGUUAAUAUGAUCAAAGACAAGGCACUGGAUUUUGAGUGUCAUGUUUCUGCAAAUGGAAAAUGGGAAGUCACUAUGGGAAACAAGGGUUGGGAUGUGGACUUGAACAGACAAACUUGCAGUUGCAAAGAAUGGGAGUUGACUGGAAUACCGUGUAUGCAUGCUACUUGUGCAAUUCUGAUGGAGCAUAAGGAGCCAGAAGAUUUUGUAAGCCGUUACUAUUCAUUGGACAUGUAUAAGAGGGCCUAUAGUUUCACAAUAAAUCGAGUACCAGACCAUUCGCAAUGGGUAACGGAUGCAAGUAACGAGCAACCAAUCAUGCCUCCUCCGUUUAAAAAACAACCAGGUCGACCUAAGAAGUUGAGGAAGAAAGGUCCAGAUGAGAUAAGUGUGGGUGGAAAAUUAACAAGAAAUGGCAUCACACAAACAUGUUCUAAUUGUGGAGAUACUACACACAACAAAAGAAGGUGCAAGAAGCCACCACCACCUGUCAACAAUCAAAAAACAAGGAAAAGAAAGGCAACUAAAAAUCUGGAAGGCAGUGCUCCAUCAACACAAGCAUCAACACAAGCUCCCAUGGUUGCAGCAAGAUCAAAAGGUGAAAAAAGUAGACGCCUUGGAUAUGGAAACUGGAAUGGGGUUGGGCUGAUGCAAAAUGGUUUGAAGCCUCCACAACAUAAUACAUUUAGUCUUCCACAACAGAAUUCACACAAACAUGAUGCAACUACAAGCACGUCAGUGAGGAAUGAUGCUAGGGCAAAGAAGUCAAUGAGAGGAUCACACAGCAACACUAGUGGUAAAGAUGGAGAUAUACAGGUACAUGAUUAA